AUGAUGCGGAGGCCCGUCGCCGCAGCUUCAAGGCGCCUGGUGUCGCCGACAACUGUGCGGGCGAGCCUGCCACGCUCAAGAGCCAUCCGGGCCGUUUGCACGACAUCCGCCAUGGCCGCCCCCGCGGGCAAUCCCUACUCGCACGCCGUCCCGGCCGCCGAUUCGUUCCAGCUUCUGCCCGAAUCGCAAAAGGCUGGCGAGGCCGAGGACGCCCUGUACGAGGCCCAGGUCAAGGAAGUGGAGGCUUGGUGGUCCUCGCCGCGCUACGCCGGCAUCAAGCGGCCGUACAGCGCUGCCGACGUCGUCACCAAGCGAGGCACCCAGAGCAUCUCGUAUCCCAGCUCCGUCAUGGCCUCCAAGCUGUUCAACCUCAUCCAAGAACGCCAGUCGAAAGGGGAGCCGAUCCACACAAUGGGCGCCGUCGACCCCAUCCAAAUGACCCAGCAGGCUCCUCACCAGGAAGUCCUGUACGUCUCCGGCUGGGCCUGCUCGUCGCUGCUCACCACCACCAACGAAGUCUCCCCCGACUUUGGCGACUACCCCUACAACACCGUCCCCAACCAGGUCCAGCGGCUGGCCAAGGCGCAAAACAUGCACGACCGCAAGCAGUGGGACGCCCGCCGCAAAAUGACGGCCGAGCAGCGCGCCAAGACACCCUACGUCGACUACCUCCGCCCCAUCGUCGCCGACGGCGACACCGGCCACGGCGGCCUGUCCGCCGUGCUGAAGCUGGCCAAGCUGUUCGCCGAGAACGGCGCCGCGGCCGUGCACUUUGAGGACCAGCUGCACGGCGGCAAAAAGUGCGGCCACCUCGCCGGCAAGGUGCUCGUCCCCACCGGCGAGCACAUCAACCGGCUCAACGCCGCCCGGUUCCAGUGGGACGUCAUGGGCUGCGAGAACCUGGUCAUUGCGCGGACCGACUCCGAGUCGGGCAAGCUGCUCUCGUCGGCCAUUGACGUGCGCGACCACGAGUUCAUCCUCGGCGUCACCGACCCGUCCAUCCCGCCCUUGGCCGAGACGAUGCAGGCCAUGGAGGCCAAGGGGGCCCAGGGCUCGCAGAUUGACGACUUCGAAGCCGCGUGGGUCAGGAGCCACAAGCUCGUGACGUUUGACGAGGCCGCCGUCGCGCACAUGGACAGGGAGGGCGUCCCCCAGACCAAGAUCAGCGAGUACCUGGCCGCGACGGCCAAGGAUCGCAGCAUGGGCAUCACCCGCCGCCGCGCCCUGGCCGCCCACUACGCCAAGACGCCCGUCCACUUCGACUGGGACGUGCCGCGCACGCGCGAGGGCUUCUACCACUUCCGCGCCGGCAUGCCGGCUGCCACCAAGCGCGCGCUGGCGUUCGCCCCGUACGCCGACCUCCUGUGGGUGGAGACGGGCGACCCCAGCGUCGAGGUGGCCGCCAGGCUCGGCCGCGCCGUGAGAGAAAGCUACCCAAGCAAGGGGCUGGUGUACAACCUCUCCCCGUCGUUCAACUGGAUGGCCCACGGCUUCACGCCCGAGACGCUCAAGUCCUUCAUCUGGGACAUUGCCAAGGAGGGUUUCGUCCUGCAGCUGGUGUCCCUGGCCGGCCUGCACUCCACGGCCGCCAUUUCCUGCGAGCUGGCCCGCGGCUUCAAGAAGGACGGCAUGAAGGCCUACGUCGACCUUGUGCAGCGCCGCGAGAAGGAGCUGGGCUGCGACGUGUUGACGCACCAGAAGUGGAGCGGAGCGAGCUACAUGGAUGGUAUUCUGGGGGCCAUCCAAAGCGGCAGCUCUAGCAGUAAGAGCAUGGGCGAGGGCAACACAGAAGGCCAAUUCAACUAG